AUGCCAAAGGAUAUAAUUGAUUAUGUGAAGUCGGGCUUCGGUGUCGGUGUUAGUUACAUGUUGGCGUGGCGCGCUAUAGAAAAGACAGUGUAUUUCCUGAGGGGUGAACCAGCUGAUUCAUACAAUAAAUUACCAGGGUACUUAUAUACACUGGAUAUAACUUAUCCUGGUUCUCAUAUUAGAAUGGAAAAAUCUUCUAAAAAUGAGUUCAUGUAUUUGAAUAUAUCGUUGGAUGCUUUUAUAAAGGGAUUUGAUUACUACCGACCCAUCAUCGUUGUGGAUGGCAGCCACCUAAAAUCAGCAUACACAGGGACAUUCGAUUCGGCUAGCACGUUGGAUGGUGUAGCAUAUGGCGUAGUUGAUUCAGAGAAUGAUGCCUCUUGGUUGUGGUUCUUUGAGCAAUUUAAGGUAGCUUAUGGCGAACGGGAAAAGCUGUGCAUUAUUUCAGAUAGGAAUGAAAGCAUCAUCAAAUCUAUAUCCAGAGUGUAUCCUACCGUACCCCUUUUUGCUUGUAUAUGGCAUCUAUACAACAACGUAUACAAGAAGUUAAAAAAGAGUCAUGAGAAGUUAAGCGAGGUAUACUUUUCAAUGGCAAAAGCAUACACCCAAGAUGAAUUUGAUAGUCUAAUGGAAAAGGUAGAUAUUCGGGUGAAAGAUUACUUGGAAUUAGUUGGAUACGAUAAGUGGGCUAGGUUGUAUGCACCUGUUAAUCAAGGAUGGUCUAUAACAUCAAAUAUUACUGAGUCAAUCAAUUCGGCACUUGUUGUACCAUCGAUUGAAUACUUGCACAUGGUGAAUGAUGAAAGAAGGCAUUAUACCAUUUGCCUCCAAAAGAAAAAUUGUAGUUGUGGAAGGUUCCAAGUUGAUGUGUUACCAUGCCCACAUGUUUGGGCUGUCUUAAAAAGCAAGUUUCUAAUACCGGAUGAUUAUUGCUCGGACUAUUACAAAUCAAAGUCUGUUGUAAUAACAUACGAGGUGCCCGUGUAUCCUCUCCCUGAUCGAACUGAAUGGAAUAUACCAGCACAUAUAUCAGAGAAAGUUAUCUUACCACCCAUAUGGAAGAGACCUCCUGGAAGGCCAAAGAAGAAGCGUGAUAAGUCAUUAAGUGAAUUGCUUCAGAAGAAGAGUCAACAUUCAUGUAGUAUAUGUGGGCAGGGUGGACAUAAUAAGCGUACUUGUAGAAAUGCCCCACGUAGGAAUUAG